GGGAGAAUCAUCUAAAAGUAAUUUUGAGGAAAUUGGGGAUGAAUUGAAUCCAAAAAUUAAAGAGGAAUUGGAUAAGGAAAUUAAGGAAAUCGAAAAAGUGUAUACGAAGGGGAAAUUUAUUAAAAAUAAGGAGAUAAUUGAAGAAUUUGAGGAAGGAGGAGAUUUUGAGAAAGAAGAAAAACUGAAGGAAGAAAAUGAUAGAAAAGUUGCGGAAAAGGAAGAAGUUAAUGUGAAGAAUAAAGGAAAGGGAAAAGUUUUAGAAUCGCAAGAAAAAGGAGUGCUGAAUGAAGAAAAUAAUGAAAGAAAUUUGUUUAUUAAGGAAGAAAGCAAUAAUUUUAUGAAAAUGAAAGAGGAAGGAGUUGGAAAGGAAGAAAAACAGGGGAUUAACGAAGAAGUGGAAGGAAGGGUUUUGGAACAACAAAAAGAUAGAAAAGGAGAAGAAGUGAUGGAAGAAGGAAAGGGUAAAAUUUUGGAAGAGGUUGAUGAUAAAGAAGAAGAAAAAGUAAAAAAUUCUGAAGAAGAUUUUGACAAAAGUAAAGAAGGUUUGAAUCAAGAAGGGGAAAUAAAUAUUAAAAAUAGAGGAAAAGAAAAAAUUAUUGAGGAGAAAAGUGAAAAAAGUAAAAAAAAUAAUUUUAAAAUUACCAUAAUUAUUAAGUUGGGCUAG